UUAUAUAAGCAAAUGCUUCCCAAUACGCAAUUUCUCUUCAUAAGCUCGAAAGAGAGAAGAAAAUAAAGUAAAAAAAAAAAAAGAGAGAGAGAGAGCUCGAGUCGACAUGGGUGAAGUGGCUUACAUGGACGAAGGUGACUUACAAGCCAUAGUGAGAGGUUACUCCGGCGCCGGAAUAACUUCCUCCGGGGAAAACUCCGGCGAGUUUUUGCCGUAUAGCCUUCCUCACGAGACUGCUCUCUUCUAUGAAACCGAGUCGACGGGUUUAGAUGAACUCGGCGAGCUCUACAAACCCUUUUACCCUUUCUCGACUCAAACGAUCCUCACCAACUCGGUCUCGGUCCCAGAAGAUUCGAGAAGUUUUAGAGACGGGACGAAACAGCUAUCCCAUGAUUGCCUUUUCUCGGACGGAUCUAAAGCAGAUCGAAACCAAGAAUCGAAGGCGAAAAAGAGCAAGAAGAAUCAGCAGAAGAGAAUUGUGCAACAAGUGAAGGAAGAAAAUCUAUUGUCGGACGCAUGGGCGUGGCGCAAGUACGGCCAAAAACCCAUCAAAGGAUCUCCUUACCCAAGGAGUUACUACAGAUGCAGCAGUUCAAAGGGAUGUUUGGCAAGAAAACAAGUUGAAAGAAACCCUCAAAAUCCGGAGAUUUUCAUUGUCACUUAUACCAACGAGCACAACCAUGGAUUACCCACCCGGAGAAAUUCCUUAGCCGGUUCGACCCGGACCAAAUCUUCCCAAACCAAACCGGCCUCCUUAACCGGAAAGUCAGGAAACCAAAAGGUUAAUUCUCCCCCAAGUCAACCCAUGGCCACGUCCACUUCCGAUCCAGCCGUUAACGGAGAAGUUGACGGCAUUGCUUAUGAUUUGUCGCCUGAUAUGACGUCAUCAACCGGAGUUUUCGGGUGUUUGGAUGGAGACAUCGAUGAACUACUGAAGAACGAAGAGUUCGACUUCGAUGGGUGCUUUUUAGAUUAUUAGCCAUUAGGGUUUGUGGUGUGUAUGUAUAUAUAUAUAUACUUGUGUCAUCGUUUUAGCAACUGAGAAAUGCAUAUUAAUUUAUGCUUGGA